GCCUGCCAUCCACCUCGAAGGUUUUCUCGGGUAGUUUUGUAUAUUUACUGUAAUAAAAGGAAACCAGACGGUCUAAAGAUGUCUUCGUCGAGUGAGGAUGAAGGAGGCGAGGCGACGGUGACAGUCCGUCGAGCUAGAAACGAGUUGGAGGAGAAGCGCGUGCGUUCCAUCGCUACAAACGGUAUCUUGAAGCAGUCUAAACGUCUUUCUUAUGAGGUUUUCUGGCACCCUGCUUACCUUGGUGGUUUCUGUUUGGCGUAUCUUGGACUUAUUCGCGUCAGUGAAUACUAUGGAGGAAAAAGUAUUCCCCGGAUGAUCGCUUUGUUAUUCAUUUGCAGUGCUGUCUUUCUGAUGUUUAUGGAAAUUCCAUGCCGUCGUUUGUAUGAAUCUUUGGCAAAGGAGUGUGAUUCAGAGACGGGCUCACUAGCUCAACAAAAUAUGAAGCAUUACUGGAUUGCCUUCCUGGGUGAAGAGAUUAUUGGAAUCAUUGGUCUGUUGCCCGCAGGCGCACCAGGAGCGCUUCCAGAACUGCCUACCAUCGUUCAUUGGAAUGUUGCUGUCAAACAUGAGAAGUACGCCAACGACUUACUUACGGCUGCUCUGACUGAAGCUCGGGGGAAGCGUUACAAAAAGAUUGCAGCCUACUUAUUUUCGACCGAUAAAAGGGUCCAAAUUACACUUUUAAAGAAGGGAUUUGUAGAGACCUCCCGUGUUGCGUUCCACUGGAUGUCCUUUUUCGGGCUUCGCGAACUUGUUCUUGAGCGUCAACCCUAAGUCUCAACUUAACGGAAUGCAUGACAUAUACGGCCCUGAAGCACUUUAACUUAAUCCUAUAUAUGAGUAAAACAAAACUGUUUCUUGUGAGUCGCAAUCUUCGUUGGUCGGUAGUGUGCCCUAAAGUUACGGAUGUAAAUUAUGGAAGAAAUGCAAUUCCUCCUCUCAGUUCUAGCUAAACAAAUUACACCUUAUAAAGAAGAGAUGUUACUCAACUAUAUUUUUUUUAUUAAGUAUUUGCCCCAUGGGUGUAAUUGGAACCCCAUCGCAGAUGGCGACCGCCUUUCGCUUGCUUGUGUAAUAGAGUAUAUAAUUCGGUUACUAAUAGUCGCCCACACCUGCCGUCCACAAUCAUCCACAA